UCUCUGACUUCCGUCCCUUUCAAUGGCGGCUCCCAAUGAGGCUUCCUGGUUCUUUCUCGCCCCGCCCCUUUCCGUCUGCCUAGCGCCAAAUUCAAACGCCGCCAUUUUACUCGGACUUGGGGUUGUUGCUUGUCUUUAAGGGCUUGGGUUGGGGUUUACGUUUUGGGAGCGUCAUGGCACCUGGUGUCAAAGAUAGUUUACGUGCUGUAACACCAACACAGUCUAACCACAUAAGUAAUGAGGGUGAUGUCAUCAAAGUUUUUAUAAGAGUCCGUCCCCCUGUUGAGGGGCCUAUCCUCAACGAUGGAGAACAUCCUGGCUUGUGCUUAUCAGUGCUCACUUCCAAUAGUCUCCGUUUGCAUUCUAAACCAGAGCCCAAGAUCUUCACAUUUGAUCAUGUUGCAGAUAUGGACACUACUCAGGAGUCUGUGUUCUCAAGUGUGGCCAAAAGCAUUGUUGAAUCCUGCAUGAAUGGUUAUAAUGGUACCAUCUUUGCAUAUGGACAAACUGGCUCAGGAAAAACAUUUACUAUGAUGGGACCAUCUGAAUCUGAUAAUUUCACCCAUAAUCUUAGAGGAGUAAUUCCCAGAAGUUUUGAAUAUCUUUUUUUUUUAAUUGAUCGUGAAAAGGAGAAGGCUGGGGCUGGAAAGAGUUUCCUUUGUAAGUGCUCAUUCAUUGAAAUUUACAAUGAGCAGAUAUUUGAUUUACUGGAUUCUGCUUCUGCUGGGCUGUUUUUAAGAGAACACAUCAAGAAGGGUGUCUUUGUAGUUGGAGCUGUUGAACAAGUGGUAACUUCUGCUGCUGAAGCCUAUCAGGUAUUAUCAGGGGGAUGGCGAAAUAGACGUGUGGCAGCUACAUCUAUGAAUAGAGAGUCUUCCAGGUCUCAUGCUGUCUUUACAAUUACAAUAGAGUCAAUGGAGAAAAAUGAUGAUAUUGUGAAUAUUCGAUCCUCCCAGCUCAACCUGGUAGACUUAGCUGGAUCUGAAAGACAAAAAGAUACACAUACAGAAGGUUUGAGAUUGAAGGAAGCAGGUAAUAUAAAUCGAUCAUUGAGCUGCCUGGGUCAAGUGAUUACAGCGCUUGUUGAUGUGGGUAAUGGAAAACAGAGACAUGUUUGCUACAGGGACUCCAAGCUUACUUUCUUACUACGGGAUUCUCUUGGAGGUAAUGCCAAAACAGCCAUAAUUGCAAAUGUUCACCCUGGAUCCAAGUGUUUUGGAGAAACUCUAUCAACUCUUAACUUUGCUCAGAGAGCUAAGCUGAUUAAAAACAAGGCUGUGGUAAAUGAAGACACACAAGGAAAUGUGAGCCAACUUCAAGCUGAAGUGAAGAAGCUCAAAGAACAGCUUGCUCUGCUGGCCACAGGCACCUGUGGUGUCCCAGAUGAAGAAAAUACUAAUUACAUGAACUGUUUUCGAGAGGCAAUGCUAUUCUUGAAGAAAUCUGAACAUGAAAAAAAGUCUUUAUUAGAAAAGGUUGCACAGUUGGAAGAUCUCAGUGUCAAAAAAGAAAAAUUCAUUCAGUCCAAUAAAAUGAUUGUUAAGUUUCGGGAGGAUCAUAUAAUGCGCUUAGAGAAACUCCAGAAAGAAGCAAGGGGCAGUUUUAUGUCUGAAGAACAGGAUAAGCUGCUCUCCGAAUUAAGGGAAGAGAUACAGACUCUGAGAGAACAAAUAGAGCAGCACCCUCGUAUUGUGAAAUAUGCCAUGGAAAACCACUCCCUCAGGGAGGAGAACAAGCGACUUAAGUCCUUAGAAUCUGUGAAAAGAGUACAAGAAAUGGAUGCUCAGGCCAUUGCAAAAUUAGAAAAAACUUUCUUUGAAAUUUCUGGCAAAGAGAAAAAUGAAGGUCAGCAAGGACACCUUCUAAUGACUUCCUCAGAAUCUAGCUCAUCAGCAUCAGUAGAGAAACUAAGAGCACAGCUUCUGCAAUCCCAGAGUGAACUGAGUAAUUCAAAGCAAGAAUAUGAAGAAUUUAAAGAGCUCACCAAGAAGAGACAGCUGGAACUGGAGUCAGAGCUUCAAUCCCUGCGUAAAGCAAAUCGGAGCCUGGAGAGCAUUUUAGAGGCCACCAAAGCAUCCAAGCGCCAGGAAGUGUCUCAGUUGAAUAAGAUCCAUGCAGAGACACUGAAGAUCAUAACGACGCCUACCAAGGCUUAUCAGCUUCGAUCUCGAUUAGUACCUCGACUGAGUCCAGAUAUCUUAAACUCUAGCUCCAGGGACAGUCAGAACACAAAUGACUUGGAUACUGAUAUAUUCAAUGAGCCAGUUCCUCCAGACAUGAAUGAACAGGCUUGCGAAGCCAUUUCUGAGGAACUUAAAGUGGUUCAGGAACAACUGAGUGUUCUUCAGACAAAGCUGGAUGAAAAGGAAAGUACAAACAUGAAACUUCAGCAGCAUAUUGACAAAUUAGAGCAUCAUUCCACACAAACCCAGGAGCUCUUCUCUUCAGAAAGAACUGAAUGGCAAAAACAGCAGCAAGAGUAUCUUACACAAUUGAGUUCCCUUGAAAAACAACUUCAAGAUGCUCAUGGCAAGAAUGAAUUCAUGACAAGUGAAAUACGUGACCUGCGUAUAGUUCUUCAGUCUGCAGAUAAGGAGUUAUCUUCAGUGAAACUCGAAUGCAAUUUAUUAAGAGAAAAUCAGGAAAAGGAACUCGGUCAACUUUCCCAAAGACAUAUGGAUGUACAACUCCAAUUAGAUAAUGUCAGACUAGAGCAUGAAAAAUUGCUUGAAACAAAAGCCUGCCUGCAGGACUCCUAUGAUAACCUUCAGGAAGUGAUGAAGUUUGAGACCGAUCAGCUUUCAAAGGAACUCCAGGACAGCCAAGAAGCAAACGAGACUCUUCGAACUGACCUUAGUAAUUUGUUGGAGCUUUUAGAAACAGAAAAAGAACGCAAUAUAAAGUUGAUAUCACAGUUGGAAGAAGACAAAGAAAAUGAUUCAAAGAAGUUCUUGGAAGUUCUUGACACAGUACAACAGGAGAAGCAGAAAGAGAUUGCUAAGUGUGAGCAGCAGACUGCAAAUAUACAAAAACUGGAACAGAGCUUGUCAGCUUCUGAAAAGAUCAUUGCUUCUCUGGAAAAGACUAAGGCUGCUGACCAGGAAGUCAUAACUAAUCUCAUGAGUCAGAUCCAGGACCUACGAUCAUCUGUCAGUCAGAAAAAUGGAAAUAUAGAUAUGUUAACAAGAGAACUAGAGGACAUUACAUACAAAUAUAACUCUACCUUGACUGAAAAAGAUGACUAUAAAGCAGAUUUAAAGAAACAAGAAGAACAGAUUAUGGAACUGAAAGAAGCCCUUAAUUUGAGAAAGUUGUCUGAUGAUAUUGAGAGAGACAUGUUAUGUGAAGAUCUGGCUCAUGUCAGUGACCAGCUAAACAAAUUAACAGAAGCCUCUAACAAGUAUCCAGUGCUGCUUCAGUCUGCCCAAGAAGAGCUAGCAAAGAAAGAAGCUUUUAUUCAGGAGCUUCAGGAACAGCUAAGCGAAAAAGUGAAAGAAUUGGAACAGAGGAAGAAUGAAUAUAGUUUGAAAAUGAGACAUCUGGAAUGUGCAAUGGAUUCCACUGCUGUACUUCCACAGAGUCCUAAAACUCCACCUAGUUUUCGAACACAUCUGGCAAAGCUCCUAGAAACACAAGAACAAGAAAUAGAAGACCGAAGAGCAUCCACAAUCUCCUUACAGUAUCUUGUAACAAAACUGAAUGAAGAGAGAGACGUCAAAAAUACUGAAAUCCUUAGAAUGAAGGAACAGUUAUGUGAAUUAGAAAACACACGCUUAGAACUUCAGCAGCUAACAGAGACAAAUCGAAACUUACAGAGACAACUUGAUGAUAUUAAGAAUCAAAAGAAAAGCAGUGAACAAAAAUAUCCCGAUAUUCAACAAAUUAAAAAAGAACAAGAAAAGGAAAUUAUUGAAGAAAGACUUGCUAAGAAUAAAGCAAUUGAAGAAAUGCUGAAAAUUAAAGCAGAAUUAGAAGAAGUCAAAGGUGUCCUUACAGGCAAAGAGAUAAGCUGGCUUAAAAUGAUGGAAGAAGUAGAACGAACAAGAGCUCUGGAAUCUAAAGCCUUCCAGGAGAAGGAACAGCUGAGAUCCAAGCUAGAAGUCGUCUAUGAAGAAAAAGACAAAAUUUUACAGGAGACAAACAUGCUAAGGAAGCAAGUAGAGUUUCUUGCAGAAGAAAAUGGAAAAUUAGUAGGUCACAAAAAUCCAAACCAGAAGAUUCAGUACCUGGUGAAACUGAAGAAAGACAAUGCCAGACUCACUGAAGAAGCUGAAAAAUUACGUGUUGAAAAUGUCUUCUUAAAGGAAAGCAGAAAAUAUGACUCUUAUCAAGAUCCUAGCCAAGUACCUUGAAGUCAUCAUGAUUUAGGAGUCUGUUUCCUUUGUCAUAAAAGUGAAAUCUUUUUUCUCCCCUUGUUAGUAUAUAUUCAACAGAUAAUUAUUCUAGUGGCAGCCCAAAGUGUAAUAGAGCAUUUUGACUCCCUUUAAUUAGCAGCCUUCUUAUGCCAUUCCAAUUCCCAAAACCAGCUGCAAAUACUGGAGACUUUUUUUUUGUUUGUUUGUUUUGAAAAAUAAAACUCAGACUGGAAGGGUUUACCUAGAGACUGUGAUGCUAUACAUUGCUUUUUGUUUUAACUGAAGACUCCUGACAUGUGGGUUGUAGGAGUUGGUUUCAAUGUGCUUUGAUGUUAUUGAGCUUCAUUUCUUGCCGUUAUUCUUCUCUGGCCUUUUCUACAGCAUUUGUCCCUUGGAUAUUCAAAAGCAGCUUUUCUAAAUACUUAUUUUAACAUCGCAUUCUAUUUUUCAAGACUCCUCUGGUGUUAUUGGGCACAUUUGCCAUUAUUAGAGAAUUUGACAAAAUUUUUAAUACUAAACUUGUUGUCUGUUAAACAGAAAAAACUUGUCCUAGCACUAUGUACUAACAAAGUUUAUCUGAUAGAAAAAAAUAAUAAUAUUGGCAAUAUUAAUACUUUUCUUAAUUAUCCAGGAAUAAAAUCAUUUGCAAGUUGUUAUAUAACAGUACCUUAGAGAAUGGGGGGAGAUUGCUAUUCUCUCCCAAAAUCCAGACUUCUGCCUUUUGAGGAAUAAUUUCCCACAUAUAAAUUACAACUAAUUGAAUUUCCUGGAGCAGAAUAACUUUUAUUUCUUCGCUUUGGGGAUACAUCAUUCUGUCUUUUCAGCGGAAAAUAUCUAAUAUUCUUGCUUGCUCUAAUUAUCAGUAUCUUUGAGAUUCAUUAUUUAAAAAUAGGACUGCAGCAUGUACGUGCAUCAAACAUUCAUAUAGUUCUUUUAUUCAUAUGGUAACUGUGAAACACAAUCAGAGAUCUGGAAUGAUGGACACAUUUUUCCUGCCACCUCUGCUUUGGAGAUAGAGACUUAAAGAGCAAGCUGAUUUCCAGGUUGGUAUCUGUCUUGAAGGAGUCGCUUGGAGAUUUCCUUGUUUGAUUCUCCUAGGCAGCUGUGCCGGUCAGCAACAUACCUGCAUUAUAGAACCAAGCAUGACAGUUGCAAAGAUUCCAUUCUUCAGGAUUCACCCUGUUCAUCUUUAAACUUUGGUGACUGGAAUCCCACAGACCAGGCCUUGUACUGCUUGCCAGACUCAUCAAGGCAGGACAAUUUAGACCCUAAACUCACCUACUGGCUUAGAAGCGGCAGAACACCAGGACAAAAGUAUCUACCUUUAGCUCCUGAGGAAAAAAUAAUGUUAAAACUAUUUCUUUAAGGAAUACCAGCAAAUUCCUCUAUUUGUUUUGUGUCUUUUAGAUGAUAAUUGUUCUAAAUUCUCAGGUUAGAAUUGAAAAUAAAGUUUGUAUUGCGAUUUUGUAAGAAA